AUCGGGACCUGUGCACUUGUGUUCGGGUGACGCAGCUCUUCGCGAGCCGAGGCAUGCACUCGCAGGACGCGCCGUGCAGCCCAGCCCGUUGUCUCCGUGCGGAUUGAGAUAGAUAUUGACCCGUCGGAAAAAAAAAGCAGCUGAGCAGAAACCCCCAGACCCGCCGCCGGUCAGCAAAGGCCGCCCGGGCCACCUCCUCCAGCCGCAGACCGAGUCCGGGCUGUUGUCUCUCGGCGAGCAGCGCGGGGGCGAGCCGGCGCAUAACUGAUCACGAGGUUGUGUCCUUGCACACCGCACUAUGCUGGGCCGAGGAGGCUGCAGUCCCCUGGUCUGCCUGGGGGCCCUGCUGCUGCUGCUGCCGCCUCCGGUCUCCCCCCAUAGCCUGAACCAGGGUGGGAGCAGCGGCCACGGUGCGAAGGACCGGCCCAAGCUGCUGCUGCUGUCCUUCGACGGCUUCCGCUGGGAUUACAUCCACCGGGUCCCGACGCCCAACUUCCACAGCAUCAUGGAUGAGGGGGUGAUGGUGGAGCAGGUGGAGAACACUUACAUCACCAAAACCUUCCCCAACCACUACAGCCUGGUGACGGGUCUGUACGCGGAGACGCACGGCAUCGUGGCCAACGAGAUGUACGACCCCGCUCUCAACCGCUCCUUCUCCAUGGAGACGGACAGUAUUUACGAGUCGCGGUGGUGGGAGGAGGCGGUGCCUCUCUGGGUGACCAUCCAGAAAGCCGGAGGGCGCAGCGGGGCGGCAAUGUGGCCUGGGUCCGACGUGAAGAUCCACGGCCUGUACCCCUCUCAGUUCCUCCCGUACAACGCCUCGGUCUCGUUCGAGACCAGAGUGGAGCGGAUCAUCGGGUGGUUCUCUGCGCCCAAAGAGGAGGCGGUGGACUUUGCAGUCCUGUACUGGGAGGAGCCCGAUGAGAGCGGGCACCUCCUGGGGCCUCAGAGCUCCCUCAUGGACGCGGUCAUCGUCGAUAUCGACGAGAAGCUCGGCUUCCUCACGAACGAGCUGAAGAAGGCCGGGCUGUACGAGAAAGUGAACCUGAUAGUGACCAGUGACCACGGGAUGACGCAGCUCUUCACUGAUAACAUCAUCGAACUGGAUGAGUAUGUCAGCAGGGACCUGUACACCUGGGUGGACAAGAGUCCAGUGGUGGCAAUACUGCCCAACGAAGGGAAGCUUGACGAGGUGUACAACAAGCUGGCGGACGCCAACCCCAACAUGGAGGUGCACAAGAAAGAAGAAAUCCCCGAGCAGUUCCACUAUCAGCACAACAUCAGGAUCAUGCCCAUCAUCCUGGAGGCCAAGGAGGGCUGGACCAUCAUGCAGAACAGGACCGGGCCCUUCAUGUUGGGUAACCACGGCUAUGACAACACCCUGCGCAGCAUGCAGCCCGUGUUCGCGGCCCGUGGGCCUGCCUUUCGCCAGAAUUACGUGAAAACCUUCAUGCGCUCGGUCGACCUCUACCCUCUCAUGUGCCAGAUCCUGUCCGUGCGCCCUCUGCCGAACAACGGCUCCCUCUCAAACGUUCAGGACCUGCUGUCCGCGGAGCCGGCCACGUCCGCGCCCAGCGUCCCCCCCAGGGUCAGCGGUUACUCCUACGCCCCCGUCGUGGGCUCCUUCCUCAGCGUGGUGAUGGUGCUGGGCUUCUUCGUGGUCUACGUCAGAGAGGUGACGCUCAAGCAGCUGCCCUCGCUCAAACACAGACGCAGGGAGAUGUCGCAGCCCCUGCUGCAAGAGGACUUGCACCUGUAGCUGCAGAAGCAGAAAGGAUGGCAGAUGUAAAAGAAGAGGAGGUACUGCUCCCCAAGGUAGUCCGCUCUGCCCAGAAGCUUCCCCUAAACGCCUCCUUUACACCUGUAAUCGCCAUCGUGGUGCUCUUUAGUUAGUCGGAGAGCAAGAGAACCGGAUCUGACCUCGCAAUCAUGUAGGGAGCUUUGCAAUGGAAAUGUGUAGGGUUUGCUUCUGGUGCAGGCACUUCAUAGUGGCUUUGCUUUGAUUGUGAAUUUUACCUAAUAUCAUCUCAUUGUUCUCAUUGUCACUUACAAAGUACAAAAACAACAACAAAAAAAGCUUAGAGUUGAGUUUUAACCACUGGCAAGUAUGAACCUUUGGUGGCCAAAACUGUGACUUGGUUAGUAUCAGGGUGUCAGUAUGCUCCAAAUGAAUUAGUUUGUUUGAAGACAAAAGUGCUUAUACUGAAUAGUCAUGGCGACUUAGCAUAAAAUAUUUAUAUAAAAUAUCAAAGAAAUAUUUAGGCCUGACUUUUAAGAUAUGUGUUUUAAUUGCAUGUCAAAUUUCUAUCUAUUUGGACUACACAGAUUAACAUAUACAAACCAAUAAACUAAAUAUGAUGCAUGUUUGUCAGUCAAACAAAUCAAACGAGACGGACAUUGAUUUAAUUGUUCCAAUAAACCCAAUGUGUUUUAAAUACACAAUAACCAAAUUUGUAUAUUUAUAAACAAUAAAUUCCUUUUUUUUUUAAUUCAUAAAGAUUGGGUUUAUGUAUUCAAUAUUAAUAUAGCCUAUUUAAAAAAAGGUCACAUUAAGUUUAUUAGUUCGUUUGUUAAACUUAUGCAAUCCAAUUGGAUGGAAAUCUUGAAUUAGGCCUAAAUAAUAAUGAGUCAGUAACAGCCGCACUCCCAGGCAGGGUGAAAACCGUAGAGAGGGUUGGAAGCAAUAAUAUAUUUUUUUUAAACGGUGAUACCUGCGCACAGUUUCAGACAAUCUUUCCUUGAUGGCAUUCAUAGCGUUGCACUCAUUCGUGCGCAGGAAAUGUAAGGGAAAAGAAGAAAAAAAGUAGCUUGAGGAGGAAGUUGAAAUCCUGCCUAAACUUUUGCGACCUGGCCCCCCACCCACCCAUCACAGUUUCGGUCAGGUACUUCUGGAACCACUUCUUUCGAAGUGUACUGACACCUGUACUUCAGGUAGAAGCAGCAGCGGCAGCGAUCUGGCCCCCAUUAGAUUUGCUAAGGUACAAGAGGAUCAAACGCCUUGUCAGUUAUUUUUUCCCCACCAAUUGCUCUACUUGAGGUUGCGAGCACUGAAUUAGCAGUUUCUUAAAUGCUGUGGUUGAGCGGGAGUAUUAGAAACUCCACUAUAGUCUCAGGCGAUUGGCUGGGCUCGGUGUUCUUCUUGAAUGUUACCUGGACGCGGACGCUCCAGCAAAGGCUCAGCCAUGUGUACCAGGCCACUGCUCACACGCGUAGGUCAUUCCAUGAGCCGGUCACGUGGCGACCUUGCUCUUUAGUAGUCAGUUACCAUUUGCCUUUUAACGUCAGCGGAGAGGAUCUCUCUAAUAUGUGCAAUCAUUUGUGUGUAAGUUGUGUUAUUGUAAUUUUUGUGUAGCAUUUGUGUUGGGGCAGGCAUUUUCUGUAUAGAUGACUGUGUACUAUACCCUCCUCCUCCUCCUAACACGUCGCCUGUCAUAUAACCAUUUGUGGGUGAAAUGUGAAGUGCAAUUGCUAUUAGUCAGUAUUUUGUCGUGGGGGAUUUCAAGGGGUUUUGCUGUUGCUCGGUUGAGAAGACUGUUCCUGUGUGAGAACUGUUCCCCUGAUUUGCACUAUACAGGACAGAACUGAAACAGCAUGAAGGGAUGCGUUUGAGCUCAUGUAUUAUUUGCACUCCUCAUUCGUAGUGGCUAUUUGAAACAAUAGAAGAAAAAAAAGUUAGGUGCCUCUUGCCAAAAAGCUUUUUCAUCAGCGAAACCAUAGAAAGUCGUGCAGAAUCCAAACCUGCCGGUAAAUUAUUAUAAUAUUAUUUUAAGAACAAAUUGGUUCAAUUUUCCUCUUAUGUUUUAAAACGCAUUGACUAAUACCUGUGCCCCAAAAAAUGACAGACAUCACUGUGAGAAAUUACUUUUUAACAAUAUUUAAAUUCAUGAAUUAAAUAAUUAAAUUUAUAAGCAAAUUGUUAAUUUUCUGAUAAUUGCCUUGUUUUAUGAAAGUGUUGUCUGAUGAGUUUUUUCCCCCCUGCAGAGAAAUUAAAUAUACCCAUGCUACCUAUAUUUGAAUAAUUAAUUUGAAAUUGUUUAGAAAAAAAUAAUAAUAAUCAGUUUAUUAUUGCCUUGGAUUUGAAAUAUGGAUAUUUAAUAUGAUUUACAAAUUAACUAUCUUUGCCAUGUUGAUGCAAUUGAAGAGUCUUCUGGAAAUAAAGGGACUAAUGAGAAUCUGAA